AUGGGCGAUAAACGUUUAUCAUUAGCUUCAUCAAUUGGUUUAAAAGGUGCAGCUGUCGCUGCUCAAUUUAAGCGAUUAUUUAAUCAACCAAGCAUAAGUUCUUUGUCAAAUCCUGAAGAUCUAAGAGAUGAACGAAUUGAACUAGAAAAUUUAUUAGGAACAGAAGAUCUUCAAAAAUUACGAUCACAAGGAUUUUCGAAUGAUAAAGUUCUUGAUAAAGAACAUUUUAUUGAAUUUUUACGAAAUACAUUAAAUCGUGGAAGUGAUAAAGAUUACGAUGAAUUAUUUGAAUGCGUUGAUGUGACCAAAGAAGGUUUUAUUUCAUGGGAUAAAUUAGCGACAUAUUUGAUGUUAAAAUUAUACGAUAAUGAUGAUCGUGAAAAAGCAUCAUCAGUACCGAAUUGGAAAAGUGGAAAGAAUUUAUUGAAUGCUCAUCGAGAUUCGAUUAAACGUAUUCAGCAUAUGGAUAGUUUUGGUCGAUAUAUAUCAAUUAGUAAAGAAGGAACCGUUUGCAUUUAUAAUGAUGAAAUGCAAUUAUAUAAAACAUUUAAAGCAGCAACAGAAAGUUGUAAAAUGCGUGAUUUAUGGAUAACUGAUUUUGUAUUAAUGACAAAUGUUAAUAAAGUUGCUAUUGCUUAUACAUCAAAAGAAUUAAUUAUUUAUGAUACGACAUCAAAACUUGAAUUAAGUUUAGCUUAUCGAAUUGUUGGUAUUGAAUCUACACCUUAUUGUUUGGAUUACUGGUCUGAUCCAGAAAAUCCAAACGAUGCGAUAUUGAGUUGGGGAGAUGUAAAAGGUAAUGUUCAUGCUAUCUUAUUCAAUUCAGCUGUAAUUGCACUUUUUGAACGACCACCACAACAAACGAAUAAUGCUGCAUAUACAAGAGUUCAAUUAGAAGAUAUAGCAAAUGGAAAUUAUAAAAAUGCAUCUUAUUUGACAUAUCAUGCACAUACUGAAUGGACUCGACAAGUUAAAUAUGCAGAUCAUCUUGAAUGUUUUAUAUCAUGUUCAACAAAUACUAAAACCGCAUUAGUAUUUGGUUGGAUGGAUAAAUCAGGAUUAACAGUGCGAGUUAAUUAUUCAGUUCGUAUUCGACAAUUACGUGAAACAAGAGGUGUGGUUGAAAUAAGUCAAGGACUUAAUUCAUUUGAUUAUUCACGAAACUUUAAUUUGAUUGCAACUGCCGGCGUAAACUAUCAAGUUAGUCUAUGGAAUCCAUUUGUUUUAUCAAAACCUAAUGGAAUUCUUCGUGGACAUAUGCGAUCUGUACUCUAUGUUCAAUUUGUUCCCAGUCGUGGCCAAUUAUUAAGCUUUUCUAAAGAUAAAAUAUUACGUAUAUGGGAUGUUCAAUUACAAAUAUGUCUUCAACGUUUAUCAAAUAUAUUUCCACGUGGACCUGAAGAAAAUUAA